AUGGAUCCAAAGAGGGGGAAACAUGUUCGAGGUCCACCGGCACCGACACGAGGCAACUUUCGUGUACCACGAAGAUUAGACACGCCUCAAUAUCAACCUCAACAAGUCGACCCCUCACAAUACUAUAUUUCCGACCCACCACUGACUACUCAACCUCAACAAGUCGACCGCUCACAAUACUAUAUUUCCGACCCACCACUGACUACUCAACCUCAACAAGUCGACCGCUCACAAUACUAUAUUCCCGACCCACCACCGACUACUCAACCUCAAUAUCAUUACUCCUCACAAUCUCAUACGACGUAUUUUCCUCCUCCCCCGCGUGCAAUGCAUCAUCCUCCCCCGCGCGUAAUGAAUCCUCCUCCCGCUACCCGCGUCCGAGAUUAUGAGUGGUACCAAACGGCCGAGAUUGAUUUGGAGUCGUUCAAUCCGUUUGAUCGCACAACGAAUCCUCCUCCCCCUACCCACUCGCGCGCACCGACUCCCCUCCCCACCGAUGAUGAGGAUGAGGCCAUUCCCGAUACACAAGAAGUUCAAAUAGUGGAAGAAGUUGUACCGAAAAGGAAGUAUACAAGACGGGCUGACAAAAAGAAAUGGAUACAAGAAGAAGAGGUGGCGUUGAGCAGUGUAAGGCUUAGUGGAUGUGAUGAUAUAAAUGUGAUGACUGAGACGUUGAAGGACUACAAAACAAGAACCGGGAAGGAGUUUACGAGUAUUGCAGCUUGGAAGCGAAAAAAGUCGUCAGAAGAAGGCAAUUAUGAGUCGUCUAGUAACAAUGACGAUGCCACUGUGUUGCCGGAUUUGAAUGAGUCAAGCACUCCUAGUAGUCGGCCAAGAAAGGGCCGAAAAAAUGUGGGGUCGUCGUCGUCAAAGGGGGGAGGUUUUUUUCCAGCUUUUACGGAGAAGUACGCGGAGAAGAAGAAGCAAAAUGUGGAGAAAGCGAAUAUGAAGAAGCAAGCAUUGUUGGACUUACAACUCAAGCAUCAAAGUAACAAGACUAAGAGGAGUGACUACAAGUUUUUCAACACCCCACACGCGAAUUCCGAUCCAAAAAGCAGAGAGUGGGCAAUUGAGCAAAAACGGGAGAUUGCGGCGAAGUAUGGAUGGGAGUUUAAUGAGUGA